AUGCCAUCCGCCCUGCCUGUGCCUUCUAAAGGUGCAUUGCGAGCCCUUCGCAACAUCGCCCUUGGAACAUCCUGCACAGUCGCAUUCAGUACUGGUAUGUUAACAGAGGACCGCCGACGACGAAUCCACGGCGCGAAAUUGGUACAUGAUAACGCCAAGAAACUCAAGUCUGCGAGACAAUAUCACGAACCGAGUGCACAUUUGGCAGAGACAUUUGAGGAGCAGGUCUUGAGAUAUAAGGAUGAUGGAUUUUGGCAGGCUGGCAGCACUGCCUUGGGCAGUGUUACAAGUGCCGAAGAGAUCGUAGCCUGUGAAUCAAGAUUUGGCAAACCAACAGAGCCGGCAAACCUGAUACCACCUUCGAUUCCGUUCAAGCCGCCCCGAAUUGGAAAAUUACGCCCCCCAACCGCAAAAGAUUCGUUACAAAAACCUAAGUAUAUCGAAGAAGACCGUCAACUGCGUCUUGCGAAUGAUAUACAGCAGAUCAUUGGAGAUGGAAAGGACUCAAUUGCUGUUGGUUCUGCCUUGCGGCGGUUCUUAGAGGCAUUUGAGGAAGGCCUGGAUUUAGGAUCUAGUGGCAUGCAAAAAUAUCUCGUGGAAGCAGCAAUUGUGCUAUCUACAGCUUGUCGGUCCCUUUCUAUGGUGGAAAAUAUGGAAAGGAUUCUUGAUACUGUUUUAAAAUCGACCACUCUUUCUGAGAUCGAUUUCAAGCGAUUCGAGCCACAUGUUAUUAUCGAAUCACUUUUAAGAAGUCCAGAUGAUAAGGCUGGCUACGACGCCUACCCUUCUAAACUCCGAAAAGCCUCUACCUUGUGCCUUACAGAAUUUAAAGCGAAGCCUGGACCGAUCUCGAAUAAAUUAAGACCUGUCAUAGUGGAAGCUUGCAACUUGACCUGUCAGUUCAAGAUGUAUGAUUUGACCAAGCAACUGUUCUGCCGAAUUGAGGCUACACGUGGCAAAACAUCUAACUCCGCUGUUGGGUCCUUCAUAAUCGCCGAAAUACAGACCAAACAGUAUCGUAGUGCCAUUUCUCACUUCUUCAAGCAUUUCGUCAAAUCGUCACCAAGCCAAGAAGAGCUUUACCGUGUUACGGAUGCCAUAUUCGAGAGAGCACUUGAACUUAAUCAUUUCACCCAUGCUGAACAGAUUCUGAUAGAGGUGUCGAAAUCGAUUCAAAGCGACCAGUUCAUAAGAUCGAACAAUUGGUUCCAAAAACUGCUUGGCACGGAAUGGCGUAGAAAACGAAGCAUUCGUAAAACCCAAGAGAGGUUCGAACGACUCAAGACUGUGAUACCGACUGUUUGUCGGCCAGAAGCUGCUUAUGCCGUUGUUAUACAGUUGUGUGUAGAAGCAGGUGAUUUCAAAGGCGCCGGCAAAUAUCACGAACAUUUGUUUCAAAUCAGUGGUCCGUGUGAAGAUGAUAUCCUCAUACGCGGCCAGAUUGCUCGUGGUAAAGCGAUGUGUGAGGAAUGGGAUGAUGUUAAGACCAAUUUCGCCGAAAUGGCAAAACUCAACCCUAAUCCCAAAGUCUAUGGCGAGAUCUUCCCACCGAUUCUUAAAAUAUUUGCUAAAUCACAUUCUGUGACCGAGACGGAGGAUUUUCUUCGUUGUUGUCUUGAAGAGUAUAAAGUACCUCUGACAUCUUAUGCCUCGAACAUUAUGAUCGGCGAGUACGCAAAAGCUAAAGAGCUUCGUUCCAUCCUCCGUUGGAUAGAGUAUGCAACCUCUGUUUCGACGUGUUUUGACGCUGAUUCAUUCAAUACUCUCCUAAGCCAGCUCUAUAAGACAUGGGGUUUUAAUUUUGAACAAGUAUUUCAAGUGCAUCGUGUGAUGUUAAAAUCUUCUGUGGAUUAUACAAAUGACUUUACCUUCGCGCAACUGCGCCAGCUUGCUCUUAAGGAUUCUAAGGGGGAACAAGAAAUUGCGGCUAGGAAGCUAAGAGUCAUUUCCAGGGGGACCAGAUCUAUAAAUGAUGACAACUAUCCUCGUAGACAAAUUAUCGAGGAGAUGGGAAAGGGCAACUUCCAGAAGGUCGUAAACAUAUAUGACACCGCCUCCAAACAGGGAGUUUUCAUUCAUAGUUCGGUCUUGGCAGCCACUGUAAAAGCAUUACUGCACUUGAACGAUGGCAAUACGCAAAUGGCUAUUGACCUUCUCAAAGACGCGAAACGGAAAGGCUAUUUGUUGGAUGAUGCUCUUGUUACGCUCCUCACUCACCGACUACCAAGCUUCAUGGAGCGCGUCGGAAGCAGUCGUCUAAUUAUGUUCUUGACUUCUGCCAGAGAAGCAAUCGCCAAGGCGGAGGAGCAUGGGCUUAUUGUGCCAGAACCUGUGUUCAAUGAAGUCACCAACAUCCUUGUCCGAAAUGGAUACUUUCGAGAUGCAAUAGCAUUCUGGACAGAAGUCUCGCAGACUCAUAGCGCAACAGUCCGACCAAAUGUGAUCAAUCUUACUAUCCUUCUCAAAGCUUACAUCGGUAUGAAAGAACCUAGAGGGAUCGUUUGGAUCACAAAUAUGUUAUCUGUUCAUCAAGUCGUACCGGAUCCACGUAUGAAAGGCAUACUAAAAAACACGCGAACGUCAUUGCGGAAGAGAGAGCUCGGCCCAAGACUGAAAACAUUUCUUCAGGCUAUCGAAGAAGCUCAUGCGAUCUUUGCAAUGAUGCGCGGCGAUGAUCAAAAAGACAAGAAGGAUGCUAGAAAUAAGACUCUUGAAAUCAUGGAAAAAGCCAUGGCUCUCGAUGCACAGAAAUCACAGUCUCAAGAAGAAAUCAAUAACUGGGAUGAUUUUGAGGACGAAAAUAUGAGUUUGGAUGAGCAAGAUGAGCAUGAGCCGGAACUAAUCGCUGGAAGUUCAUUUUGA